ACUUCCGUGUAAACAAUGACUUCAAGAAGUGAACAGCUUCUUUCACAAACAUCUUUCGUCUUUCACAACGGACUACCAACUAAACCACUACACAGCCUAAUGUUUAACUAGCUCUAUUAAUGUUUCAGAUUGAUUUUCUCUAGAUACGGAGAUUUUGGUAAAUGUAGCCGUGCAUUCUCGAUUUAAAAAUGAGUCAGAAAGGAAAAAAAAGUCCGUGGGUGUAAGACAUGGGGCAUCCCUUAUCAGCAAAAGUGAAACACCCACAUCUACAUAAACAAUACAGGCAGCAAAUAAAGACUUCAGAGCGGCCGAUGAGUUUGAGGAAGGAGGAUACAGCUAAUGAAAUCACAACGGGCUUUUUUCAUGAACAGCAGGUCUCAAUGGACUUGGACUUUUUUCUAGUGUUGCUAGUUUUGUUUCAGCCAUCAGUAACGGCUGUCCUGUUAACUGUGGAGGCAGGACAAACCAAGUAUGAUUCAGAGUAUGGAGGAGAUGUUGUCCUGGGCUGCAGCUUUAAGCCUAAACUGUCCACUCCUCGUGCUGAGCUAAAGGUGACCUGGCUCCGAAUGGACUCUCCCAUGCCUCGGGAUAUUUACAGCAUGGAUAAUUGGAAGGAGCAGUUACAGUUCCAGGAUCCUGACUAUCAGGGCAGAGUGAAGCUUCUCACUGAGGAGGUGAAGGACGGCUGGGCCAAGUUACAGAUCUCCAGUUUGCAAAUCAGUGACUCUGGGAUGUAUCAGUGUGUGGUGCAGACAUCAGAAGGAGCUGAUUACAAAGAAAUAAAAUUGUCAGUGAAAGCACCUUAUAAAGCAGUCACUAAGGACAUCCAGAAAGAUCCAAAAGGGGAUGGUGUGCUGCUGACCUGCCAGUCAGAGGGAUACCCUGAGUCCUCUGUUAUGUGGAAGGAUGGUUACAUGAAGAAACUCUUUGCCAAUACAACUACCUUAUCAACAACGGAGAAGCUCUUUAGAGUUACCAGUCAGAUUCGUGUACCAUCAUCAGACAAAAUGAACUACACGUGCAGCUUUGGAAACGAUGGACAGUCUGCAACAUUUCAGAUUCCAGAUGAAAUACGUGUUCCGGAUGGAAACAAUGGUGCUGUCAUCGUUACUUCGUGUAUUGGAGUGAUACUGAUUGUCAUUGUCGCUGCAGUUCUCGUGUAUCGACAUCAGAAUGGGUGCAGAAAAGGCAGCACCAGGAACAUUAUGGUAAAUGGAGGAAGCAAGACUGUUUUACCUGUUUUUUGCUUGCAAAUGAGUAAAGAAAAUGAAGAGGAGAGAACCAUUUUUAAUAAAGGCAGUGUUGAGGAAAACCUGAAGGCGUUUGUGAAAGCUUAUUACUUGGACCUUUCCUUCACUGAGAGGCCGAGACAGUACUGGGAGGCUUUCGGUAUGGAGAUGCUGCCUUACAGCCUGAAAAACAAUGAGGGCCAGCCUGUGAAUCUCCAAGCUCUAAUCCCAGAGGCAGGAGAGACACUUCUUCUCGAGGGAUCUUCGGGGAGCGGGAAGACUAUUUUAGCCCACUUCCUGGUUUCCUCUUGGACCGAAGGUCCCACACAUGCCUUCCCAAACCUCCUCGACCUCAGCGCCGUUCAGCUUCUUCUUUAUAUGGACUGCAGCGAAGCGAAGGGGGACUUGUUUCAGGAAAUAACCACUCAACUCUCCAUCAAGGAAAAGAUGGCAACAGAAGAGGAGCUGAGGACUUUAUUGAGCCGCUCCAGUGAGACUCUUCUGUUGCUGGACGGAUACAGAGAGGGGAACCAGAGUUUUGAUGAGUCCUUGAGGACAUUUAUGGGUGAAAGAGGAGGAUGCAGGCUUCUGGUCAUGGCCUGCACUGGACACUGUGACACGCUUAGGGGGACAGUUGGGACAGGACGGGUAGUCAAGCUCCAAAUGGAGACUGUAUAGCAGUGAGCUUGCAACCAAAAAGAGACAUUAAGCACUUGUUAAACAUUUUAGUAACGUAGACAUUUCAUACUCUUUUUUUACUGUUUCAUUUUGUUAACCUACCCAGAUAUGCUACAGAACUUGUUAAAUUCAGCAUUUGUAAGAUGCACAAUAAAAACUGCUUUUGUAUUCUUUUAAAAACAGCUGUGAACAUUAUCUUAUAAUGGCUAAACAUGUUUCACCCUUGCAGCAGCAUUGAGGUCAUAGAAACUCUUCAUUUUAAUCUGUGCAAUCCGCGAUGAAACUCCUGUGAAUCAAAAAAAAAUCUUGGAUAGAUCAGGUAGCUGGAAAUGAUCACUGCUGUUGCUGUUCUGUAUCAUUCUGAGAGAAAACGAAAGGUCAACAUCAGGGUCGUUGGACUGCAAGCACAGCAGCGUCAAUAUCUCUCGCCUGUGUGUGAAAAGAGAAGUGACACUGGAUAUUCCUGUCGAGACAGUCAUCUGAUUCCAGUAACAUCUCAUCAUAAAAGCUGUUUUUUUUUUCAACUCCAGUAACAUCUUAGAUCAUAGAGGAGAUUUCCAUUCUGUCAGCACGACUGACUCAUCAUUAUGCUUUUUCUGUAUCAGGGAUUAAUUGACCUAAAAACUGAGUGAGGAAGUGAACAUUCUGUAUGCUACAAGUUAAAGGCUUUCAUACCAAGCCUGAGAGGGCAGACUUAAUUUAGGCAUAAGGACAUAUUCAGAGAGUGUUUUUUCUUGGUACUUUUGCUUUUGCUUUAACUUGUGAAUUACAUGUUCUUUUUCAGUCUUUAA